AUGGACGGAUCACACAAGGAGAACGGCAUUAGGAAGCGGUCAACAAAUGCAUGCCAACGGUGCCGCAAGCAGAAGAUCAAGUGCUCGGGGUUUCAGCCCUGUAAUACAUGCCACAAACGCAAGUUGACCUGUGUGUUUGAUGAUAGAGAUCAAAAGGUUCUUGUCACUCGAGGGUUUAUCGAGGACCUCCAGCGAAGAAUUGCCUUACUGGAACGGGAUGAGAACGACUUGUCAAGUCCGCAUAGUUACGUUGAGCAAGAAAGAGCAAGACCUGAUGAUGGUGGAGAGGAAGACCGAUAUAGCCAGAACCUCGAAGACGCCGAUCUCACCAAUCCAUUGUCUACCGGACCAUCGGCCUUUACGACUUCAAUGACGGGACAGACUUUCUACCUGGGGACUUCAUCAAACUGGUCAUUUGCUCGAAAGAUAUUGGGCAUGACGCAUGAACAUCUCUACAACUCUCCGCUCCCAACGGAUACCUUGCUCUUCGAAGGCUCCACGUACGAUUUGGGCUGGGAUGGGCUGAGAACUACAGUCUAUGCAGAAGCGCCGAUAGUCCCAACCCUGGAUUACUCAAUCUAUCUAAUCAAUGCGGUCAAGUUCCAUGCCGGGCAGCUAUACCAUCUCUUCGACGAAGGGACGUUUAUGGGCGGGUUGUAUGCGUUUUAUGAAGACCCUCAGCAGCAAAUGGCAACAGAUGGUCUGUGGUACAUUCACUACCUGGCCAUUGUCGCCCUUGGAAAAGCGCUUGUUGUUCAGCGAAAUCGGGAUACCCGCCCUCCUGGCUGCGAGUUCUUUACCAGAGCUCUUCAACUGCUUCCCGAUACGACGCACCUGGCUAGAGACUCUACUAUCGCAACAGAGAUUCUGUGUUGCAUUUCAUUGUACCUCCAGGCACUAGACCACCGAAAUUCGGCACAUAACUAUAUCGGUCAAGCGAUGAGGAUUGCCCUCGCCCAGGGCAUGCAUACCGACAUGCCGGUGCUGCACCUCGGUGAAGCGCUUGUUCAGAGGUGCCGCAAGAUAUGGUGGACGAUCUAUGUACUCGACCGGCAAAUGACCUCCUUGAUGGGAUUGCCGCAGUCGAUUCAAGACAGCCACAUUCACCCCCAACUUCCUUCCUUCCCUGGGUCACCUCAGAAGGUGGUAGCCCUGAGUAUGCAGAUCCGCAUGUGCCAGAUUAUCGCGGAGAUCAAUAGCACGGUAUACGGAGCGGAUGGCCGACUCAACCGGAAAUUCUUGCUAAGAACCAAAGCCGCCCUAGCUAGCACAACAGAUCUCGCUGGUGAUCUUCAACGUUCGUUUGACUUGCAGUUGGACAAAACCACCAUAAGCGGGGUCUCCCGGAUGUCCGCCCAUCUGCAUCUGCUCUACCAUCAGUGCAUUGUCCUUGCGACUCGUCCGCUGCUUCUAUGUUUCUUGAAGAUGCGCUUCCAGUCCGCCGAUACUUGUCUCGAGACAUUGAACUCGUCAGCAAACGUGCUCAGACUGCUACAAGUGUGCAUUGACUCCGCGCAGCAGCAGCUCAACAUCCUCAGCAGCUUAUACGAACAAAGCCUUCUUGGUGAGCAACUUGAUCUGUUCACCAACGCCAAGCUGACCCCCGCAGACAGUUUUCUUCCGUUCGACCUGGAGUCGACCUUUGUCUCCAGCGUUGUUCUUCUGAUGGCGCCGGCCAUUGACUCUGCCCUCCUGGAAAGCCGACGACCAUGGCUCCACAAGAGCUACCUGAUUCUGGAUGAUAUGAUUACCCGCGGUAACUUGAUUGCACAGUACCGAAAGAAUGAGCUUGAGCAGAUGAGCGCUCUCUUGUAUCAGCUCGCACCGGAUCGGCAGCCUGAUGAUACCGGCAAAGGAAAAGAGCUCGAGUUGUCACCGCCACUUCCACCUGCCUACCGCGUUCCGGACCUACCAGGCCUGGGCGACGGACUGACAACGGCCGAAAUCAUGGCGGUAGCGGAGUCGAUCGACACAGGCGACGUGGACUGGGUUGCGCAUGCAGUUACUGAGAACCAGAUCUGGUAA